UUCAGUGAAAUGAAAAACAAAUUUGAAUUUCUCUGUUUUGUGGAUUAUACAUGAAACCCUUCACUGAGAGCCUUCCUCAAGAUUAUUUUCAAGAAUGAAACAUUUAUACACUCGCUCUAGGACUACAAGCGAUGCUCAGUUCAACCACAGGGGGGUGCAAUCGGCUAUACUAUGUGAAAUGGCCCAUUCCUCAGCCCCUUUUAUUCUACCUGAAGCUCAAUACGAAAUGAGACCAGCACCUUCUGAUGAACGGGAACCUACUGCAUGCUCUGCACCUUCGCAGCCUGCUCGGCUGACUUCAGGAAGACCAUGUUUCAUCACUUCUUGGUUCAUGCUGCUUAUCAGACAAGCAGAUGGCUUCCACGAGACCAGAGGAUGAAAUUUCAGAUAGUUCUUUUCAUCUUUGUAGUGCUCUGUCUGACACCACAGAUCUACAUUUUGACAAGGCCAAAGUCCACACGCUACUGUGAAAAGCCACUUUUGAACAAUCUCAUAGCCCUCAUUGUGUUCUCCUUCAUGGCUACAGGCUUAGCAGUGACGCUUACUCUCACUGACCCAGUGCCUAAGAGUAUCAGAGCGGCUUACCACACAUUCGGAGUGCUUUCAUUCACCCAGGGACUUUGUACCAUCAUUCUGACCCACAGUGCUCCCCAGUGUGCAAAUACCACACCAGAGCUGUAUCUCUUUUCACUGGUACUUUCUUGGGCUUGUGUCCUCUCUACAGUGUUCUUCGUGAUAAGAGGGUGCCUUUGGAUGAUCCACAGAAUGUGUCCGAACUGGUUCAGAGAUGCAUCUCUUUAAGCUGCUGUGUGAGCCUCCCUACUAUGUGCGAACCCAUCUAUUAUUCAGGCCCUUCCUGGGCCAAAGCCUGAGCUUCCAUCUGGUCCUCAGUUGAGCUUGGUUAGAUCCUAUUACCAUGGAUAUUUCAUUACUGUUUUGGUCUUACAAAAAGGGAGUAAAAGUGAAAUGCCAUUCAUAGCCAGUUAAUCCAUUCAGUUCUUGAGUAACUGGACUGACCAGCAAGACCGCACAUUGAAAAACCAUCUGGAAAGCAGAGGUUUUAGCCUGAGGCAUGGGAUACUCUAUUACUACUCUGUCUCUGUGUUCAAUGUACAUGGCUUAUUAUUACAUUAUCAAUGAUAAAAUAUAUUUAAACAGAAAUACAAUCUGUUCUGUAUACUAAAGGCAUAAUAGUGCAAUGUGAACAUACAUGCAACUGGAAUAGGUCAAAUCUGCAAAUAACACACCACCUUUAAAAAGCUGGAAAGAACCUUUUCGAAAGACAUACAGUACUGUGCAAAAAUGUUGGCAUUUUUUUAAAAAAAUGAUAUGUAAAGCAAUUUAUCUGGGCAGUAAGAAUUUAUUUAGAAAAAAAAUAGCAUUAUAACAAUAACUUAACUAUAACAUAACUAUUUCCAAACCUCUCUAUAAAGAAGCCCAGUGCUUACAGUUCCCAUCUAAUACCUAGUUUGUCUACUUCUUCUAACUAAUAUUCUUGUUAUAUGAUGUAUUUACUGGGAAAACAUACUUACAUCUGAGACAAAUGGAUAUUUUUUUAUAAUAACACACUAACACUGUUGCACUGUAUAUAGUAAGGCACAAUAAAUCAAGGUUUCAGUCACUCAUAUGAAAACUUUAUUUCAUUCUUUGAUCAAACUCAGAUAUGUUGUCGGCCAUAACUCAAAUGCUCUCUGCUCCAUGGGCAGCAUACAGUGAAGGAAUGUGUUUCACAUUAUGUGAUGGUAAAGAAAAGAAAACUGGAACCCAAGAUUACACAAUUAGCCUUCAAAAUCAAAUAAGCCCAAUAUACCCAAGGCAGUAACAUUUGCAUCAAUGCCAAUUUCACUGGCAUGUAGAGAAUACCAAUUCAUGUAUUAUUUGACCCAAAACAUUUAGUCAUUCAUUACUACAGAAUAUCAAAAGUGAUAUAAAAAUGAAGACUGCAGAGGCAAUAUUGUUUUAUCUUUACAGUACUGUAUACAGUACGGUCUACUUGAGCUUUCAAUCCAGAGUAAAUUCUACCCCAGUGCCCCUUUUGCCAACGGUGUCAGAAAAGUGACUGUACCUGAGAAAAGGGACCACACAUCGUUGACAAAGGGAUAACACUAUAA